AUGGAAUCAAUUAUUAUACAAUAGAAAUUUAUUUCGUAAAAGAAGAAAAUCAUUUUAAAAGACAACUUAAAAUAUGUAAAAGUGAUUGAGAAAGAUCAUAAUAAACUUUAAGUUAUAAUUGAUAAUUUAUGCGGCAAAGUUGAUAAAAUUAUUGAGACAUAUGAAAAUGAUUUUAUGAUUGCAUAUAAAGAACAAAAGACUGAAAUAUAAAAGGAAUUAAAUGCUAUGAAAGAAAUAUUGAUUCAAUACCUAUUAAAUUCUGAUACUCUUUCUACAGAACUAUUAAGAACUAUAGAGGAAUUAAGGUUAAAUUGA